AUGUCAUCGGAUCCGGCUCAAGCAGCGCAGCCAGGUUUGCGCUUCUACUUUCGAGUGCUGAGGGAAUCCGGUCUUGCCUAUCCUGGCAGCCUAUUCCUAUCGCUCCUACUGGCCAAGCCGGCCGUCCUCUCGCCAGAUCUAUACGCUCGAGGCUUGCUGCCUUGCGUCAGCUGGCUCAUACUCAAACUUGCCGAUAGCAAGAGCAGCUUGCAAAGUCUCGUACCCCCCGCUCCAGCUCGUGCCGUCGACAUGAUGAUGUUGACGCCUCAGCAAGACGCACUGCCCUCAUCAGCAGAGGCUCAGUCGGAUGCGCCGGAAAAGGCUCGCUUGCAAACCAAUACGCUUCCCCACAACAACCCACUGCCGCCAGGGUACCAUGUGAGUCUUCUCUCGCCACUCGAGAUAGGGGUUCAACAGCUUUCUGGUUAGAAGCGCGAAGAGGCAAGCGGAGGGCCUGAGGUUGGUCAAUUAGGUUUGUUUGUGCCUGCGAUGUUAUGGGACGAUGGGUCCGCGGCAACAUUUCCGUGAUGAGUCGCAUGGAAGAGCAACGAGCUAAGGCAAUCUGCGCAGCGCAGAGCGCCAAAAAAGAAAAGAAAAAAAAGAGACAAGAGAACAGUCUACACGCCAACAUUCGCAUGCGUGGCUGCGCUGGAGCAAACAAGCGCGAUACUCGCUCGCUUUCGUGCUGUUUGGGCAAAUUGCGAAAGCUGCUAUUUACCGGUACACAUCAGGUCUUGGCCAGGCGCGGUUCAUCUAGCUUAUGGGGGGGGGCGUCGUCACUUGUGUUGCCUCGGCCCAUCACCAUGCAAUGUGUGCUGGGUGGUGAUGCGGUGGCGCAUGAAGCGGGGCGGCCGCUUACCGCUCGGGACCCCACCUAUAGAGACAAACAAGGGGUUCAUCCGCGGCACCGAGGGUAGCCGUGAUUUCGCUAGGCGUGUAUAGAGUUGAGAUGGAGUCAUCAGCGGUAUGCAUGCUGGACCCGCUCGGUUCACCGGCCCGCCGGGCAAAGCCUAAGACGGCUUUGCUGGCGGGGUGGGCUUGGCAUUCGUGACUGAUGACAAGAUUCACACUUUUGGCGCGUGGAUGCUCACGGCUGUAUGGUAUGCAAUGGGCGCGCCGCGCGUCAGGCACAGCUUGCACUCACGACUGCGCAGUCAGAAUCACACAAUCACACAGCUACUGUACAGAUCGCCCGCCGCGCGUGGGAGCGGAAGCUGCAUCGCAUAUGCAUGCGACGCUCGCCCGCGCACGCACGCGUGUGGCGAUGACAAGCGCACGUUCGCGCACGUUGCCCUGAAACGGAGGGCGCUCGCCGCGCUCGCCGCGCACGCACAGCCAACGUGCCAUCCUCGCUGCUGAUGAAGGUUGCCAUCUGCGCUUCAUUCCUGCCCUUUUGAUCACACGAGUCAUCGCUCUCCUGUCGAAUGUUUAAAGACUAAAGCAGACUUGCUCACACGACCCUUCCCUCUCCCUCACUCCUCACACCAAAAUUUGUCGUGCUGCCUGCAAAUCGACGACGACGCAUCUCGCGCCGACGUCUGCACCUGCAACUCAUCUCCGCGCCCACACCCACCUCCACAUACCGCCGCCGCGCUCCACAACCAUUUCCUUGUUGGAAUUAAAACAAAAUGGGUGCUUGGACAAAGUCGUUCAAGCUCAAUGGCUUGCAACCGCCCAUGCCGGAAUGUUGGUGAGUGCUGGUGAAGUAAAAGUGAUCAGGCAUAGUCCCUUGCUUCCUCAUUCUUACGUCGCUGCAUCGCCGACGCAGGGGACAUCGAGGAGCUUCGGCCGCAUAUCCCGAGAACACCAUCGCAUCUUUCGACAGGGCUAUUCGCGACGGAUCGGAAGGAUUAGAGAGCGGUUAGUGCUCGCUGCCAGAGCCAUCUUUCUUGACUGCUAGUGCGAUUGUCAGGCGGUCCCCCCAAUUGGGCUGUGGCAUCUUUUUAUGCGAUGCGAGAGCAGUGUGUCAAAAUCCUCCCCACACUUCACUUUGACGUUUCUCGAGGUUUCAUGGCCGUCCUUUUGGAUUGCAUUGCGCACGCUUCGUGCCACACUCUUGGCACGCCCAGGGCGCUUAUAUGCUCGUGGGCUCUCCGCCGGACUUGUAGCAUGUGCAGCCCGCUGCCGGUCCACCCUUCGUCCGUGCUUUCGCCAAAAGCGAGGGUCCUAGACUCACAAACCCCCCUUCCAUUGCUACCACUUGCCGCACAUGCUCUUCCUCGACACCUGCGUCGACUCAUUCGUCUCGCCAGACGUGCACGUCACGGCCGACGACGUCAUCGUCAUGUUUCACGACCCUUCAUUGGAGCGAACUACCGACGGCAAAGGGAACAUCAAGGAACAAGCGUGGAAAGGCCAAAUUGAGAACGUUAGAACGACUGCGAAGCCUCAGCAGCAAAUCCCCACUUUUGAUCAAGUUUGCAGCCUCCUCAUGAAGCCCGAGAACAAGCAUGUCAAGCUGAAUGUGAGUACUUGGCGAUCGUGUGAGCAAACACAGUGCAGCUGCUCUAACAAAGGUGCCCAACGACCGCGCGACAUCUCAGAUCGACAUCAAACCGGACAAUGACCCCGAUCGUCUGUUCAGGCUCAUGAAAAGAGUGGUGUCGUCCUAUUCCAAUUACGAAGUCGAGCUCGGCCCAAGAUUGAUUCUGGGCCUUUGGCACCCCGGCUUCAUUGCACCUGCCCUCGAGCACGUGCCAUCUUUGCGACGCAUCCACAUCGGUGGCAGCCCCACCGUAGCCAGGACGUACUUUUGGAAGCACUGCGAUGGCUUCAGCAUGUGGUUCGCCAGUCUUGUUGGCGCCGAGGGACAGGCAUUCUUGGCUCAGGCAAAGAAGGAGAAUAAGGACGUGUUCGUGUGGACAGUGAACCGAAAGGACGAGAUGAUCGAGGCUACCAGAUGGGGCGUCAAGGCCAUCUUGACGGACAAGACCGACUUAUUCCAGACUGUCAGGGUGGAGAUGCAAAGUGAGCCAGCUGCGUUGCUUUGGGAGAUCGACUUGCGAAGAUUGUUGGCUAAUUUGGACUCCUCUGAACCCCCCCACCAGGAGACUUUGCUCUGACGAGAAGCGAAGAAGUUGGUUUCUUCUUCAGAUGGGCAUCGUGGCGGUACUGGAUGCUACCUCAAUUUGUCAUCCAAAGUAUGUGGAUCGCCAACUUGCAGACACGCGCCGGCUCUACAUUCGAGGGUGAGUAAAGUUUCUCGCCAAUCGCGCAUUUGUCUUCAGUGGCAAAUCCCCUCUGAUUCGCAGAAGCCUGUCUUUCCCUUUUGUUGAUCUUCAGAGGCAUGGCGUGCAUCACCUGCGAGGACGGGCGAUGUGCAGGCAGCCAUCGACGAAAAGCCGGUUCCUGCACCUACCGGCACCCUCAACCCCGCUGCCAUGGAUCUUGAGAAAGGCGCCGCGGGUGUCGACGCACCUGCGCCUCAAGCCGUAGCUGCCACCGCCUAG